AUGAGCUCCCCCAUCAGGAAGAGCCGCUCCCUGGUCGCCUUCCUGCAGCAGCUGCGCAGCCCCGGGCAGCCCCCCAGACCCGUGACAUCCACGGCGUGCGCGCCCCCUCGGCCGCCCGAGGUGCCCCUCUGCCCGCUGCUGGGAAGCGGCGAGGCGCAGAGCGCGGCCGCCCUGCCCGGCCCCACCAACUGGCCGCUGCUGGGGAGCCUGCUGGAGAUCCUCUGGAGAGGGGGGCUCAAGAAGCAGCACGACACUCUGGCGGAGUUCCACAAGAAGUAUGGCAAGAUCUUCCGCAUGAAGCUCGGCUCCUUUGACUCGGUGCACCUGGGCUCGCCCGGCCUGCUGGAAGCGCUGUACCGCACCGAGAGCGCAUACCCGCAGCGGCUGGAGAUCAAACCCUGGAAGGCCUAUCGCGACUACCGCCAGGAGGGCUACGGGCUGCUCAUCCUGGAAGGAGAAGACUGGCAGAGGGUCCGGAGUGCCUUUCAGAAGAAACUAAUGAAACCGGUGGAGAUUAUGAAGCUGGACGGCAAAAUCAAUGAGGUCUUGGCUGAUUUUAUGGGCAGACUGGACGAGCUCUGUGAUGAGAGAGGCCACGUUGCAGACUUGUACAGUGAGCUGAACAAAUGGUCAUUUGAAAGCAUCUGCCUUGUGCUCUAUGAGAAGAGAUUUGGGCUCCUCCAGAAGAACGCCGGGGAUGAAGCCUUGAACUUCAUCAUGGCCAUCAAAACAAUGAUGAGCACAUUUGGGAGGCUGAUGGUCACCCCGGUGGAGCUGCACAAGACCCUCAACACCAAGAUCUGGCAGGCCCACACGCUGGCCUGGGACACGAUUUUCAAGUCAGUCAAAUCUUCCAUUGACCGCCGGCUGGAGAAGCAUGCGGAGCAGCCCGGCGCGGACUUCCUCUGUGACAUUUACCACCGCAACCAGCUCUCCAAGAAAGAGCUGUACGCCGCCGUCACGGAGCUCCAGCUGGCGGCCGUGGAGACGACAGCAAACAGCUUGCUGUGGGUCCUCUACAAUUUAUCCCGUAAUCGCCGCGUGCAAGAAAAGCUGCUGGAGGAAAUUCAGAGCAUCCUGCCUGAGGAUUGGGUGCCGCGGGCAGAGGAUGUGAGGAAUAUGCCGUAUCUAAAGGCCUGUCUGAAAGAGUCCAUGCGGCUCACCCCCAGUGUGCCGUUUACAACCAGGACUCUUGACAAGGAGACUGUUCUGGGUGAAUAUGCUUUACCCAAAGGAACGGUGUUGAUGCUAAAUACCCGGGUGUUGGGGUCCGACGAAGAAAAUUUUGAAGACGCCAGUCAGUUUAGGCCGGAACGGUGGCUUCAAGAGAAGAAGAAGAUCAACCCAUUCGCCCACCUCCCGUUUGGCGUUGGGAAGAGAAUGUGUGUGGGGCGCCGGCUGGCUGAGCUCCAGCUGCACCUGGCCCUCUGCUGGAUCGUCCGCAAAUACGACAUCGUGGCCACGGACCACGAGCCCGUGGAAGUGCUGCACUUGGGCAUCCUGGUGCCCAGCCGGGAGCUCCCCAUCGCCUUCUGCCAGCGAUAA